GGGAAAUUUAAAAGUCGACGGCGUUAAUCAGAAGUAAACACAAACAAUCGGAAUAAAACCACGAAAAAAAAUACACGAAAAUGACCGCAAACUGACUUCCUCCGCCCCCGAAUGUAAAGGUCUCCUCACACCAUCAUGAAGAAGAGGGUGAGAAGGUCACAGGUGUCAGACGCUGGCAGCAUCCAGGAGGACUGUUGUGUCUUGUGCAGACUUAAUGAUGAUGAUCCUGCCAUGUUUGGAGAAAAGAUCACACUUAAAGAGCACAAACUCUCAGUCCACUACUUCUGUUUGCUGACGUCGUGUGGAGUUUACCAGCGUGGAGAGGAGCAUGAGGGAGUUUUUGGUUUCCUGGUGGACGACAUCAAACAGGAGAUCCGCCGGUCGGCUCGACUGACAUGUUGCAGCUGUAAGAAGAAGGGAGCGUGUGUCGGCUGUAACGUCAGGAGCUGCAGGAAGACGGUUCACUUCCCCUGUGGGAGGAAACAGCAGUUCAUCUCCCAGUUCACUGGGCUCUUCCCGUCGUACUGUCCAGACCACAGUCCCUCUCAGACUCUGUGUCCAGGUUCAGACCUCAGUCUGCCUCAGUCCUGCUCCAUCUGUUUGGACUCCAUCGAGCCUGUCCUGUCCUACUUUGUCCUCAAAUGCCCAUCCUGCCACGCUAGCUGGUUCCACAGGGACUGUGUGCAGCGUCAGGCCCACAGUGCAGGCCUCUUCUUCUUCAGAUGCACUCUCUGUAACAACAAGGACAGCUUCCAGGAGGAGAUGCUCAGGAUGGGAAUCUACAUCCCAGAGAGAGAUGCCUCAUGGGAGUUGGAGGCAAAUGCGUAUUCAGAGCUGCUGGAGGUUUACAAGCGCUGUGAUGCUCUCACCUGCCUCUGCAACGACGGACCCACACACUCCGCAAAGACCGGGUGGUUUGAGGUGAUCCGCUGUCGGCUGUGUGGAUCCAGAGGCACUCACAGGAAAUGUUCGGGGCUGAAGUUGCACACCAGAGACUGGGCCUGCGCCGACUGCACACAGGCUACUGAUGGGAAAGCCUCCCUGGUCGCGUCUCCUCAGGGACGUCAGAGAAAGAGUCUUCUGUCCAAACGCCACCUGUCACCCAUCCACUCCUCCUUCAGCUGUAAAAGAUCUGGAUCACCCGAGGAGCUCCUGCAGGCUUUAGCCCCUCAGCUCUGUCCACUGAGUGUCCAGGUGGAGGUGAGUGGGUAUCAGGCUCUGAGUGCUGGUCUGGAGCUGGUCAGGAGGCCUGACUUCGACCCCACACACACUCUGUCUGUCAGGUUCAAAGAUGAGAAGCAGCCUUUAUUUCCCAGCAGCCUCCGGGACAGCGACACAGCCAAGCAGUACUUCUUCAAGCUGCUGGUCCAGCAGAUCCAGGACUCUGCAGUGUUUGAGGGUCCAGAUGGAUCCAAAAAUCUGGCAAUGGAUUCCCAGGCUCUGCGUGAGGAUCUGUACUUUGACGUCGGCUGCCUGUUGGCUCUCUCUGUGGUUCACGGUGGUCCACCUGUCGGCUUCUUCUCCCAUGCUCUUUACCAGUGUCUGUUCAACUACCCGCCCAACCGCCCGCUCACUGUCGCACACAUGACCCCCGACAUGCACUUCACACACCACGUGUGCAGGAUCGCAGAGGCCGACUCCUUAGACAGCCUGAGAGAAGCCAUGACUUCAAGCUGGGAGUACCUGGAGCUCGCCGGCUGCAACCGACCAAUCAGCAGCCUGGAGGAGAGACAGGCUUUGGUGGAGGACUUGGUCAGCUUCACCAUGAUCACCAGGAUGCAGCUGCCUCUGCAGAGGUUUCGGGAAGGCUUGCAGACUUUAGGUGUCUUUGAUCAGGUGCAGCUCUUCCCAUCAGUGUUCUGCAGUGUUUUCUGUGAAGAAGUAGAUCGUCUCACGGCUCAGACGGUCGGUCAACUCUUCACCAUCAACUUCUCUCAGCAGGAGGACAGGCUGGACAAAGAGACACCCGUCAUCACCUUCUGGAGACACUUCCUGUUGGAGUGUGAAGUUGGGAGGAGUUCCAUUUCCCUUCAGGACCUCCUCCUCUUUGCCACAGGAGCUGAGGAGCUUCCAGCUGCCGGCCUCCUCCCUCCUCCUUCCAUCUCCUUUCUCCACCCCCCCAGCUUCUCCCCACCAGGAGCCAAGGAGACAGGGAGACCAGGGACGGACGAGUGGAGGGAUGAGGGGCUCUUCCCUCAGAGCGAGCCCAGCUCCAAACACCUCCUCCUGCCUGUCACCUCCUCCUACCAGGCCUUCAAAAGCUCCAUGGAGCAGGCCGUUAGCCACCAUGUGCACCUCCUCCCUACACACAGUUAGAGGAGGAGGAGGAGGAUGGAGGCCUGAGUCUGUAUGAAAUCUUUAGUUUGUCAGAAAGCCCAGUGUUACUCACUAAUGAAUGAUUAAUGUUGUCAGAUGAUGAAGCUAAGACCUAAAAUGCAGAACUUUCCUUUAAAUUUUGCUCCAGGUGGCAUUAAAAAGUCGACUCAGAUGUCACAAGAUUAAAUGAUCAUAUUUUAUAAAUUGCUAAAUGUCUUCUAAAUUUUCUUUUCUAAAACCUUUGGUGCUGGUUUUAGUGCAGUGAUUUUUUUUUAAGCUUUUGUUUUUUGCUGUUUUCUGUUCGUGCUCCUGUCUCUUGUUUGUUUCCUGUAAUUAGUAACUGAAAACCACCGACCUGCAAACUGCAAAUUCAGGGGUUCACCUCAGAUUUUGGUUGAUUAAUGGACACGUUAUUGGCUCAUUUUAGGGUUUAUAACAACUUAAAAAUGACCAAAUACCAUUGAAGUAUUCCCUGGAUGUCAUUGAACAUCGAUGGCUCUCACUUUAUCAGUAAUGGAAAGUAAUGAAGUACAUAUAUUCAAGUACUACACUUGUACUUGGGUAAUUUCAUUUUUUUGUAUUUUAUGUCAGUAUUUUUUGGUUACUUUAUAUUUAUAUAAAUGCACAUGUUGUUCUUUUCACUGCUUUACCUGACAACCUUUAAUCACUUUGCAGAUUCAGAUUAAUGACACAAAAUAAAAUAAAAUAAAUUCUGAUGCAUUAUUAUAGGUUAAGAGAAAACUUAUUCUGAAAUGGGCCAUUCUGCAUGAAGAGUGCUUUCACCUUUGAUACUUUAGUGUAUUUUGAACUGAAUGCUUUUGUUCUUUUACUCAGGAAAACUUUUCAGUGCCUGAUUUUACAGUAUUUCUACACUGUGGCAUUACUGCUUUUAUUUAGGUAAAAUAUCUGAGCACUUCUUCCAGCACUGCUUAACCUGUUAAUUCCUAAAACUGUGCAGAUAAUCUGGUAAAAUGCUUUAACAUAUUACAAAACCCAUUGCUUUAUCCAUUAUUUCUUUAAAAUUCCAUGAAUAAAAUUAAUGGUCAAAUGAAUCUAAUUAAUUUAAAUGUGAAUGUAAUAAGAAUUUAAUGAAUUAGCAGUAACAGUUUCUAUGAAAACAGAUCAGCUGUAAUUUGAGUUGAUUACUAUCAAAACCACAUUCAUACAAUAUUCUUUCUGUCCAGGUACUGUUCAUCAGAUCCAGGUGGAUUUCUGUGCUUUUCUUUCCGUUUCUUGUUAUUUAUCCAUUUUGUGUUUUCUGCAUGUUUGUAUGAUUUUUUUUUCUUUGUUCUUGUGGAUCAUAAAUGUUUA